AUGAGAAUGCUUGCCAUCAUUGUGCAGGUUUCUAAGCUCGAUCUGCCGAGACCAUCUCGCUUGGCAGGUGCUCUGCAGCCUCUGCCACUCUCGAGCCAAGACAGAUGGAUUGUCGAUGCGAGUGGCAACAACGUGCCAUAUGUAGGAGUCAAUUGGCCAGGAGCGGCAGACACUAUGUUUCCAGAAGGACUUCAGUACGAGUCUAUCAGCAAUAUUGUAGGAAAGAUAUCUCAGACUGGAUUCAAUGCUGUGCGCCUGACAUUUGCGAUCGAGAUGGUUGAUGAUAUUCUUGAUAACGGAGGCGAUGUGACACUAAGUAAUACGUUGACACUUGCAUUGGGUCAGGAAAAUGGGACAGUGGUGUUGAGCGAAAUACUUGCAAAUAAUCCACAAUUUUCUGCAAACACUACAAGAUUACAAGUCUUUGAUGCAGUAGCGGAAGAGCUUGCCGCACAGAGUAUCUAUCUUCACUUGGACAAUCAUGUCUCGAAGGCAAUGUGGUGUUGCGCUCUGAAUGAUGGCAAUUCGUGGUUCGGGGACACUUACUUUAACACCACAAAGUGGAUCCGAGGCCUCUCUUACAUGGCGACACAUGGCAAAGGCAAUUGGCCAACAUUCAGCAGCAUUGGCCUCCGAAACGAGCUUCGCUUAUCGACUACUCUGGCACCAACACUUGAACCAUACACAUGGAGUACCUGGAAGACUUACAUGACAGCCGCUGCUACAGCAGUAAACACAGCCAACCCAGAUCUCUUAAUCUUCUUCUCCGGAUUAGACUCAGACUUCAACAUUGAGCCAGCUGUAGGAGGUUCGACACUAGCCGAUCCCCUCUUCUCGUUCACAGUCGCAUCCUAUCCUUGGGCCAACAAGUUUGUUCUCGAGAUACACGAAUACGACGAGGGAAUAUCAUCAGUAUGUUCGAUCUAUGAAGGGAUACUCCUGACAUUUGGAUUUGAUGCCACGACAAAGACUAAUGGGAACCGGGCGCCACUUGUGGUUACUGAAUGGGGACACGAUGAGACUGAUGCAAGUGGAGCAUACAAUAGUGCUUAUUCUACAUGUCUUACUCAAUUCAUGGUUCAAAGGCAGUUGGGUUGGAUGAUCUGGGUACUUGCCGGGAGUUAUUAUAUUAGAUCUGGAACGCAGGACUCGGACGAGAGCUAUGGUCUUCUAGACCAUACUUGGAGCGGCUAUCGUGGCAAUGCGUCGCUUGUGGCGUUGGAGCAAGUGAUUCAACAAACUUAUGCAGCUUAUGGUCAAUAG